AUAUUCCAUGCCCAUUGGCAUUGAAUUUCAGCGGAGAUAUGCAACAAUCGUUCUAGAGCUUGAACAGCUCAACAAGGACCUAAACAAAGUUUUGCAUAAAGUUCAGCAGUACUGCUAUGAGCUCGCUCCAGACCAGGGGCUGCAGCCUGCAGACCAGCCUACAGACCUGAGACGGAGGUGUGAGGAGGAGGCGCAGGAAAUGGUUCGGCAUGCGAACUCCUCAGCAGGGCAGCCCUGUGUUGAAAAUAAAAACCUGACAGACCUCAUCUCCAGGCUUACGGCUAUUUUAUUACAAAUUAAGUGUCUAGCAGAAGGAGGAGACCUGAAUUCCUUUGAAUUCAAAUCACUUACAGAUUCAUUGAAUGAUAUCAAGAGUACAAUAGAUGUUUCUAAUAUCAGUUGCUUUCAGAAUAAUGUAGAAAUCCACGUUGCACAUAUUCAGAGCGGCCUAAGCCAGAUGGGAAACUUACAUGCCUUUGCAGAAAAUAACACCAACAGAGACUGAGUAGAAGAUUUAAUUAUUCCUACUGAUAGGACAUUGUUUUCGAGAAGUUCUUUCCCUUUAUAUAGGCUUCCAAGACCAAAUAACCUGACUGCUGGAAAACAAGGGAAAUUUACAUCUGCAAAUAAGGCAUUUUGAUAUACUGUACUGCUUCUUAUGCCAGCAUUGCUGACCAUCAGUAUAUUUAUUUUUCUUUUAUUAUUCAGCUGCAGUAGCAUUGCUUGUAUUACAUAUGUUAAUUAGCAAGUCGUUUUUAAACUGAAAAUGUCUGAACAUAAUUUCAUGGAGGAAUACAUUGGCCAUUUUUUAAUGUGCAUGAAUUCAACCCUACACGUGCAGACAGCUGUAGUGGAGAACAUGGAGCAGCGGUCUUUUAUGCACAUGUGUGGCAGUGUGGAAACUGCGUCUGGAAAAUGGCGACUCUGGUUCAUUCAGCCUAUCACCAUCUCAGUCUUCAAAGGACACGAUGAGCUAUGGGAAGCCCUAGAGUGAAGGAAGGCACUGGAAUAUAGAUGGGAAUACAGACUGUACUAGUAUAUAUAGUAUAUACUUGCCAUGUGACAUGGUUCUGUAGAUCAUUUUAUAAUAAUAAAUAUUUUAAUUUAUCAUAAUUUAUAAAAGAAACCUUUGUUGUUUGUCUGUUGAAAGAAAAUGAAGGAGCAGGAAAAAAACCAUUACUUGCAAAAUGCUGAAUCUCAGCAAGUGGAUUUGGCAUUUCUUUCCCCGUCAGUUCAGGGCAAAAAGUGCUAUUGUUAUGAGAUUUAUUAAAAAAGAAAAGACUGAUAACACACUAUUUUCAUAUUUUUUGUUUAUUUGCACAACUUUUAGACCAAAUUAUUGGUUAAAAUCCAACAAUAUACCAUUUAUAAAGUAAAAAGAUUUUAUAAGGAAAACAUAAUAACCUGUGCUGUGAAAUACAGAGAAAAGGUUUGUAUUUGGUUGUGGUUUUGUUUUUUUAAAGAAAACCCUGCCUAAAAUAUUAAUCUUGUAAAAAGUGUAUUUGGAAUUCUCUUUGUUUUAAUAUAGAAUAUUAUAAAGUCAAAAUAUAAUAAAUUGUUUUCAGAUUUGGAGUUUAAGAUAUAGCUGUAGAAGUGGCUUUAAUUCUUUUAAAUGUCUCAUAAAAUGAGGCUUUUUAUAUGUUAAUGUAUAAAAAACAAACGAGAUUAUUUUCCAUUUUAAAUUUUUGUAUAGUUUAAAAAUGCUUCCAUAUUCUGUGCCACUGCAGAACUUUAGUGCAGAGUUUAUAUUUAGCUCAACUGUUAUGUUAAUUAAGAAAAGCAUAAAUCUUUUAUUCUUAAUAUUUGUAAUUCUAAAUAAAUUGAUCUAUGAAAAUUAAUA